AUGACGAAGAGCGAGAAGGAGUGGUUUGAAGACCAUAUGCAGUUCAAGCUCAUAUUCCACUUGAAAAAGGACCCAAACCACAAGGUUAUGGGAAUGUGGAUGCUCCUUCUUCGUACGGCUUGCAUAGAGAAAAAGAAGGAAGUUUGGUUCGUGGUAAACGGUGUCCCAAUCCGGUAUGGAUUGAGAGAGCAUCCUUUAAUGUCGGGUUUGGAUUGUCGUGUCUAUCCGGAGGGUUACAUGAACGCGGGAAGUGAAAGGUUCAAGAGGAAGCACUUCAGGAACCUUAGGACGGUAAGAUUGGAAGACGUCAAGGAAAAACUACAGACGAUGGUUCCGGAUCGUACUCAUGACAGGUUGAAGAUGAUGUUAUUGGCUUUUGAGGCAAUUCCUACACUUGGUAAUGAAUUCAUUGAAUUUAGGCCAGACGCGGACAUAGAGUGUCCCCGGAUGUGUAGGAGGACAUUCAAGAAAGGGGCGAUGAAAGGGUUUCCUCUCAAGAAGCUAAAUGACGUUCUCGGUCAAACUAAGGAUAUUGUCUCUAUCAUAGAAUCUACCGAUGAAGAAUCUCAACUGUUGGAAGAAAUCAUCGACGAAGGUCACAAAGAUGAUGAUGUGCAUGAUGUUGUGGUUGAGAGUUGGAUGAAGCUCAUUUCGAAAGGUAAGGGUGUGUUUUUCGAAGAGAUGUUCGAUGAAGAUGUGGUGGCCCGGUCAGAAAACGAAGAUGCCCUUCCUACACCGAGAAUAGCCUUCAAUAAUCUAGAGGCUCAGGUCAACACCCUCCAAGAAGAAGUGAGUUCGAAGUUUGAGAUCAUUUUCGAGAAGUUAGAUGGACUUGAGAAACGGUUUAAUGAAUUGGAAGCUUCCGUGAAGAGAACGGAAGAAGAUGAAGAAACAGCGGGGGGAGCAAAAGAAGACGAAGAAGAAGAAAGGUGA